AUGGACAAUGGAAUGUUCUCUAGAUUUAUCAUGACCAAAACCCUCCUUGUCUUCUGUAUUUCCAUGACCUUAUCCAGUCACUUUGGCUUCUCACAAAUGCCAACCAGUUCUGUACGAGACGAGACCAAUGACAACAUCACAAUAUUCACCAGGAUCUUGGACGGGCUUUUGGAUGGAUAUGACAACAGACUGCGGCCUGGGCUGGGAGAGCGAAUCACGCAGGUGCGAACAGACAUCUACGUUACCAGCUUUGGCCCAGUGUCCGACACAGAAAUGGAAUAUACCAUAGAUGUGUUUUUCCGACAAAGCUGGAAAGAUGAAAGGCUGCGGUUUAAGGGGCCCAUGCAACGGCUGCCUCUCAACAAUCUUCUUGCCAGCAAGAUCUGGACCCCAGACACAUUUUUCCACAAUGGGAAGAAGUCCAUCGCACACAACAUGACCACACCCAACAAGCUGCUGAGGCUGGAGGAUGAUGGCACACUACUCUACACCAUGCGCCUGACUAUCUCUGCCGAGUGCCCAAUGCAGCUUGAGGACUUCCCAAUGGAUGCCCAUGCUUGUCCCCUGAAAUUUGGCAGUUAUGCUUACCCCAAUUCUGAAGUUGUCUAUGUUUGGACCAAUGGCUCCACCAAGUCUGUGGUUGUGGCAGAAGAUGGUUCCAGACUGAACCAGUACCACCUCAUGGGGCAGACAGUAGGCACCGAGAACAUCAGCACCAGCACAGGUGAAUAUACAAUUAUGACUGCCCAUUUCCACCUGAAGAGGAAGAUCGGGUACUUUGUCAUCCAGACCUACCUUCCCUGCAUCAUGACAGUCAUUUUAUCCCAGGUGUCAUUUUGGCUAAAUCGAGAAUCUGUCCCAGCUAGGACAGUAUUUGGAGUGACCACAGUGCUGACCAUGACAACACUCAGCAUCAGUGCCCGGAACUCUCUGCCCAAAGUGGCCUAUGCCACAGCCAUGGACUGGUUCAUUGCUGUCUGCUAUGCAUUUGUCUUCUCUGCUCUGAUUGAAUUUGCCACUGUCAACUACUUUACAAAGAGAGGAUGGGCCUGGGAUGGCAAGAAGGCCCUGGAAGCAGCCAAAAUCAAGAAAAAAGAACGCGAACUCAAACUAAACAAGUCAACAAAUGCUUUUACAACUGGGAAGUUGACUCAUCCUCCAAACAUCCCAAAGGAACAGCUGCCAGGAGGGAGCGGGAAUGCAUCCUCAGCCUCAGUGAAACCUUCUGAAGAGAAGACUGCCGAGAGUAAAAAGACCUACAACAGCAUCAGCAAGAUCGACAAAAUGUCCCGGAUUGUGUUCCCUAUCUUAUUUGGCACUUUCAACUUGGUUUACUGGGCAACAUAUUUGAAUAGAGAGCCCGUGAUAAAAGGGGCCGCCUCUCCAAAGUAA